UUACUUAUCAAUAAUAAAAAAUAAUAACAAUAUCAUACUGCAAAUCGUAAUAGCACGUAAUAAUGUUAAUACAACAAUAUUAUUAUUAUUAUUAUUAUUCGUCGCGCAGAGCACGCUCAACACCGCGUUAAGCGUUUAUCAGAUUUUCAGUUUUCACACUACGGUUUCGUCAAUCCUCACAGGACACAGUAAUAUCGUUCAUUGAUAUUGUUUGUCGUCUCGACGUGGUGUCGACUGUCAGCGUGCACCAAACACCGGUACAUCGCGUCCAGUUUUCAACGGACUACGGCGAGGCCUGAGCACCAUGAGCGAAUCAUUCUCCAACGGUUGUGAACAGGAAGCGCUAAAGUUCGCUAGUCAUCUGUCGCCGACCAAAAUUGGCAUGCUCGCCCCGAGCCCAAUAGUGACCAGACGGACAAGAACUGAUUCAACGUCUGCUCUUGCUCUCAAGAAUCCGCAAAUAUCUGGAAAGGUCAAGUACUUUUGCAAAUCUAAAGGACACGGCUUUAUCACUCCAGAUAAUGGUGAUCCAGACACAUUCGUACAUAUAUCAGAUAUUGAAGGAGAAUUUGUUCCGUUACCUGGCGAUCAAGUACACUAUCGUCUCUGCCCCAUUCCUCCAAAACUAGAAAAGUUCCAAGCCGUACAUGUGGAAAUUGUUAAUCUAACACCUCAAGUACAUUUAAAAUGGGAUGCGCCAGAAAACAAUUAAAUCCUUCAUGAUAUUUUAGUGAUCAUUUGUACACAAAUAUGUCCAUUAAUGUGUGAUGUUUUGCAAAUAUCUAAACCUUCAUUAAAACUGGUACAUUCCAAUUGUCCAUGCUCUACAAUAUAACGAAGAGACUUUAUCAGUUUUACUGAUAUUUUUUUUUUUGAUUUUAGCUAAGUGCCAAAAUAAAAUAAUCCAUCUAAUUAUACAUAAUUUUUUAAGAUAUUUGCUUCAAUAGUUUUAUAGGUAUUAUUGUAUCAAUCUAGAUUAAUUAUUCAUUAUACGUUUAAUGUCAAAUUUUUAAAUGACAAAGUUUAAUUAAUAAAUCAUUAGAUAAAAACUUACCCACUUUUAUAAUAAUUAUUUUUUAAUUAAACUAUUUUAUACAAAUGUAUUUUUAUGUAUGUAAAUCCAUUGCCACUUAAUAUCAGAAUUGCAUAUACUUAAAUUAUUAUAAUAAAUUAUAUUAACGGUAAAAAAUUAUCAAAAGCAAUGCAGCAAAGGUAAACUAUUAUCAAAUUAAUUUUUUUACAGUGGAUUUAAUACUUUUAUCAGUUGUAUCAUAAUUAACAACUUAGUCAGUUAAUGCUGUAAAAUAUAAUCAAACAAAAAAAUUGUUAGGUAUGUAAUGAAAUAGUUCGGUAAUACAUAUAAUUAAAAUUAUAUGUAUGCUCAUUAAAAAAAUAAACAACAAUAUAAUAUAUGCCUUUAUUUUUUUCAAGUUACUUUUUAUAAUAAACAUAACAGUUAUGUUUAAAUUAUCAUUAAAUUGUAAGAAUAUUAAUUGGGGUUGAAUUUUCAUCAUUCAUAAUUUUGAUGAAUUUUAAUUUUUGAACAGUGUAUGGUUUUUCAUUAAAAUUAUAUCACAUUUGUUAACUAAUACAUUUUGUUACUUUAAUAAUACAUCGGUAUACUAUUGUUAUAUUGAUUUACAGAUAUAUAUAUAUUUAUAUAUAUAUAUUAUGUUUGUAAAAAUAUGAGUAGUCUAAUUUCCUUUUUUAAAGUAUAUUUUUUGAUUGUUGUACUAUGCGUUUUUAAAACUAAUGCCGCAUUGCUUAUGUUAAAUAUAAUUUAGUAUUUUAGUAUUGCACUUUAACAUCGAUGUACAUUGAUCAUGUAUUAAUUUUAUAUUCAAAUGUGUCCCAAUAAUAAAUGCAAUUUUAAAAGUGAUCUAAUCCUUUGCAAUUUUGUUUAUCAAAAAUUGUACUUACCUUUAAUUUUCUAAAUAAAAGUAAGGUUGUUUAUACAUUUACACAUCAUUUUGAAUAGCUAAUAUUUUGGUAAUUAGUUAAUUUUCCGUUAUAUACAUGUAUUUAUUUUUAUUAAAAAUGAUUUUAUUUUUUAUAAUUUUAAAUGACCUUAACUACUUAUAUUAUUAUUUUCAAUAUUGUGUAACUCCCUAAUCAAUAUCUAUAGUUUUAUUAAGUGAUUUUUAUAAUCUUUCAUAAUUUAAUGUAAUUAAUUAAAUACUUAAGUUUUAUAAGUAAAUACGUUGAAUUAUCAAUUUCCAAUAUGAUGUGUUGUAGAAUGUAGAUAAAUGUUGAUAAAUUAAUUGUAUUAAUAUAAUAUUUCCAGUUAUUUGUUGAUGGUAAA